AUGGUGCUCCUGCGCCUCUGGCUGCUGCUGCCCCUGCUGCUGGCGGCGGCGCUGGGCCACGCGUGGACCUACCGCGAGGAGCCGGAGGAGAGCGACAGGGAAGUCUGUUCGGAGAGCAAAGUCGCCACCACCAAGUACCCGUGCCUGAAGCCCAGCGGGGAGCUCACCACCUGCUUCAGGAAAAAGUGCUGUAAGGGUUAUAAAUUUGUUCUUGGGCAAUGCAUCCCCGAAGACUAUGAUGUCUGUGCAGAGGCUCCUUGUGAACAACAGUGCACAGAUAACUUCGGGCGUGUUCUUUGCACCUGCUAUCCUGGUUAUCGGUAUGACCGUGAAAGACACAGGAACAGAGAGAAGCCCUAUUGCCUAGAUAUUGAUGAGUGCGCGGCAAGCACUGAACCUCCCUGCCCCCACAUCUGCAUCAAUACUGUUGGCAGCUACCGAUGCGAGUGCCACGAAGGCUUCAUCCGUGAAGAUGACGGCAGGACGUGCACAAAAGGAGAGAAAGGGUUUUCCGAGAAGACCGAUAAUGUGGUGAAACCAGGGGCCUGCUGUGCCUCCUGCAAGGAGUUUUACCAAAUUAAGCAGACGGUGUUGCAAUUGAAACAAAAGGUUGCUUUGCUCCCAAACAAUGCUGCUGACCUUAGCAAACCAAUCACUGGGGAAAAGGUGCUCGCAUCCAAUGCCUAUAUAGCAGGUCCCCCUGGACAACCAGGUGAUCGGGGGCCUCCAGGGCCAAAAGGGGGCCCCGGAUAUCCUGGCUCCCCUGGGACUCCAGGUCUGCCGGGCCCUAGAGGACCAAUGGGGCCUAUGGGGCCCUCUCCAGACCUAUCCCAUAUCAAGCAAGGCAGAAGGGGCCCUGUGGGCCCUCCGGGGGCACCAGGGAGAGACGGGGCAAAGGGCGAGAGAGGCGCACCUGGAGAAAAAGGAUCCCCUGGGCCGCCAGGUUCUUUCGACUUCCUGUUGCUGAUGAUGGCAGACAUCAGGAACGACAUUGCAGAGCUGCAAGAAAGGGUGUUUGGGCACCGGACUCAUUCGUCAGGAGAAGAGUUUCCACUACCUCAGGAAUUCCCAAACUAUCAGGAUGUGGUGGAUCUGGGAUCUGGAGAAGACUACAAGCAAAGGACUACAUCGAGGAACUCCAGGACGCGCAGAGAAAGCCAACAUUAA